GAGCUAACGCGGACUUUACGCAGGCUGCUGACACCCAUCGAAGCAGCAUGGACCCAGACUAGACAUCGAAACUUCAUCAACACUACGAAAUGUGAUGCGGCUAUGCUGCUUCUCGAAGCGGGGCUUAGUUGUUUAGGUCCGAUUUGCGAGCCGUCAUCAAUCUGCAUAUAUGCUGGCACGCACUCGGAGGGUGUCCUUUCCGCACACGAUCUUCACCUGCCGCCAUGUCAGCAACUCCGAUGCCAUUCAUUUUCGGCCAUGCAGAUGCGUCUAUUGAGUUAGCUUGGUCGUCUCAGCGGCCUGAGCUACGCGAUGAGACGGAGGAUUGGAUGGGCGUGACGAAUCCGAUCGAGAGGCGAAAACUACAAAACCGCUUGAACCAAAGAGCACGGAGGAACCGCGCACAAAAGAAGAACGCUAUUGCCAAACAGCCCCGCCGUGUUGUCAUACCAGACGAAGCCAACGAGAGCGAUACGUCCGUUCGCGAAGAUAGCUGUAGCACAUCUGACCUAUCCCUGGACGAUAUUAGCGACCGAGAUGUUGCAAUAGCGCAGAAUUCAUGCAUGGCCGCCCACCCCAAGGUGCAGGAACUCAUGCGCCGCUUUUCCGAACAUGCAUACGCCAGCUACAUGCAAGGCACACCCGCCCUGUCCCACUUACCGCUGCUACUUAAAUACAACGUCGCCAGCGGUCUCGCACGGAAUGCCGAUCUCUUAGGAGUCACUGCACAAUAUUACGAUUGGUAUGGUAUCUCGCCACUCAACAAACAGGGCCCGCUCCUAGGCGCAGACGCAGGAGCAGAAUGGCCCGCAUGUCUCCAGCCCACCGAGCUACAAACCUCUAUAGAACACCACCCUUGGCUUGAUGUGUUCCCAUGGCCAAAAGUGCGAGAUAACAUGCUGCAAGCUUUCCAACGAACGGAACCUGUCGACUACGAAGACGCGCUAUGCCACGAUAUCUGCGAGUACAAUCAUUUGGAUCGCAAUCCGAUAUUGAUCGUCUGGGGGCCACCCGAAGAUUACCGGAGCUGGGAGAUCGAUCCGGUGUUCCUGGAGAAGUGGGGUUGGCUGCUAAGUGGAUGCCCUGAAGUGUACGAAACGACAAACUAUUGGCGCGCGACCCGUGGCGAGAAGCUGUUUACGCCACAGCAGUGGAAUAACGCGAUACGAAGCAGUUUGCCGGAGGAGCUGCACUAGCGGAUAUAUGGCUGGUGUGUCAGCAGAGCGCACCGGUAGAUCUAGAUCCUGCGUGCAUGGCGCCAUGGGUUAGAUAUGCGAGACGCAUAUACUUUAUGACUGUGUUGCACGGAAUGGUUCGUGAUUGCACUUGCAUGGCUACUUGCGACUUCCAUGGACUCUGUUCGCACGACCGCAGAAGCCAAAGACCACUUCGGACGGCAUCGCGAUAACGAGUCGCUACAAAGCAACAUUAAGCGAACGAGCGCAAAAAGCAUGCAAGUCUCCAUGUGCACCAGUCUAAGCAAGCUCGGAAUCAAUGGUAUGUAUUCGAUAUACAUAUACUGGCGGAAUGUCGGCGGUAAUGGAUAAGCAGCAUAGCAGGAGGUUGAGGGUGGCGGAUCAGGCGAUGUAUCAGAUGGCGGCUGGGAACUAUGCGCAGUUUAGAAGUGUGGAGUAUGCGCCGAGGUCAUUAGUGGGAGAGGCGUAGGACUUGAGAAGGGGUGUGG